AAAUGUGCUUUACUUAUUAAGAAUAAUUUAUAUUUAUUUCAAAGGUCAAACCACCUUGCCACACUGGGAGGGUUUUCCUCCAAGGAAAUGAUGCAGGUAGAUCGAGAGCUACGGAGGCUGAAUAAGACAUGAAUCAAAUUGUGGCUCAAAAAUGCGCAUGAUAGGGAUGGCGGCAGAAAAUUGAGGGAAAUCAAAACAAGGAAAAAAUGAGUUACCUUUGUACGGCAUUUCUUUUGCGCGUCUGUAGUUUUGCUAUGAAAAAAAAACCGGAACUCGUGUUGCGCAAAGGAUUAUGGUCUAUAUGAAUGAGGCGCCAUUUUGUUCAACAACCAGGAAGUAACAGGACGGAGAUUGUGGGAUAAUGUUGAACAUAUUUGACAAAGAAAGAGAUAUGAUCUGACCAACUUGUAGGUAUAUGGAGCAAGUGUUUAUGUUACUGUGAUCUCCAAGCUGCAGCAUCAGAAGUAAACAUAAAGUUUAGCAAUCGCUGACAGAAAUAUUACAGGAUCUACUGUCGGAAUGGAAGCCAUGUUAGGGCAGUCAAGACGAGGUGUAAAUCCAAGAUCAGGACAGGUGACAAUACAGACACAACCUCCAUUAGCUGAACAGGAAACAAAUACAACAUCAGCUCCAAAUCAUCUUGUAUUCUUAGACAAGGCAGAAUGUGUGCGUUCCUUCAGGGCUAAACUGGAAGAUGAUAGAAGAGGAAUAUUCAUAACUGGGUUAGCCAUAGAUAAGGAACACAUGUUUGUUGUGGAUAUAGAAAACAACAGAACAAAAGUAUUCACACAUGAAGGACAAUUUAAGUUUGACAUUAAAGUAAACAAACCACGGGAUGUGGCUGUGUCACAGACUGGUCACCUGUAUAUAACAUCAUAUGGUGACAGAUGUGUUCAAGUGUACUCCACCAGAGGUCAGCAGGUGACAACCAUGGGUCAGGGUCUACUGGGGUCACCACGGGGUAUUACACUGAACAGACAAGGUCAUGUGAUGGUUUGUGACACUGGAAAGAAGUCCAUCUUCACAUUCCAUGCAGACAGUGGACAGCUCCUGAACACUAUUCUACUCAGUAUGUGUGAACACCCAGUGUACAUCACAGUGAACAGUGUGAAUGAUAACAUUGUGAUAUCAGACAUGGGGGGACACUGUGUACAUGUGCUGUCACCUACUGGUGAUCAUCUGUACAAGUAUGACGGCAGCAGAGAAGGCAGUGAACUGAGGUCACCACAUGGAGUGUGCACAGACAGCUAUGGUCACAUCUUCAUUGCUGACAGUGGUAACCGCAGGAUAGUGGCACUGAGUCCACAGGGACAGUUUAUCAGAUACAUUGUCACUAAGGAUGAUGGGUUGUGGUCUUCCACUGCAGUAGUCAUCAACCCUGCUACUGGUCAGCUGGUGGUGGUAGAGUGGCGGGGCAAUGUUAAGACAUUCCAGUACAUUGAACUGAAACAAGGUGAGUAACAUGUAUUAACUGUGGAUAGAUAUGAUUAUUAUGUAAAAAAUUUGAAAGUUAAUUAGUCUUACAAUGUUUUUAUCCAUGAAUAUGUUUGCCUUUAUUUCAAUAAAAAAACUUUUAAGCAUAUUUAAAUUCAGUGAGCACACAGCUGUGCUUUAGUAAAAAUGUAUGUAGAGUGGAGACAUUUUCUAUAGUUAAUACUUUACUGUUACUGACCAAUUUCCAUGAACCCAUUAGUGAUUAGGAUUUUGAAUAAUGAUGAAGAACUCUUUUUAAUGGAAUUUAUAGUAUGCUUUAUUUGUAUUUUUAUUAAGUCACAAGAAAAACAUCUUACAUUGUUUAAUCCCUGAACUUCUUGUCCAUUUGUCAGUAAAGAACAACUCAAGUCUCACAACAGAACAGUCCAAUUCUUCAUAUUCUUCAUCUUGUAGCUGUUCAUGAAAGCUUAGAUAUACCUAACUUCUCACAUGUACUUUGUCAAGUUUCUUGAUGUCUUACCACUUCUAGAUUCAAAGACAUUUCAUCACCAGUUUGUUGUUAACACACACAAAUAAAUUAAAUGUUGAAGUACUUUGGAUAAUACCUUAUUUUCCUGACUUUGUGGAUUGUUCUUUGCAAAUAAAACUAGCAGACGACCAUUUUUCAUGAAAUGGAACUACUUUUCACAGGAAGUAGUGUAUUCAUACACAACAGUGACCUUGGGUUUGGAAUACAAAA